AUGAGGAGUUUUGAGAAGUUUUAUAAAAGGUUUAGUAAGUUUUAAGUUUGAUUUAUCAUUAAAAAGCCUUUUUUGUUUAAUCGAAUGUUAAGAUAUUUUAAAAAAUGGCAUUUUUCUUGAAAUUUUUGACGUUUUUAGCUAUUUUUUAUGACUUCGCCCAGAACUUUGUACUGUAACUUUAGUAUGGUAUAGAAAAACUAAAAUAUAUUUUUAGGCCGAACAGACAAGACCUUGGUUUAUCAUUAACAAGCAUUUUUUUAAUCCAAUGUUAACUUACUUUAAAAAAUAGUAUUUUUCUUCAAAUUUUUGACUUUUUUUUGUUAUUUUUUGUAUGACUUGGCUCAGAACUUUGUACUGUAAAUUAAGUAUCGUACUGUAAAACACAGAAAUAUUUUUAGGCAGUAUUGCCAAGGCUACGAUAGGCUAUUAAGAGUUGUUUUUAAUUUAGUCGUACGUUAACAUCUUAUAAAAAGUGGCAUUUUUCUUAAAAUUUUUUGUUUGUUUUUGGAUUUUUAAGAAAUUGAGCUGCCAUUUCUUAUCGUAUCUUACUUUAAAAGUUGUUUUAAAGUUAACUUUUAUAGUUUUUACACCUUACUUUUACUGCUUUAGCUUUUACCAUAACAGCUUAUAUACUUUACCUUUCUAGCCAUGACCUCAUCGUCUCAAACGGUGGUAGUAAUCACCUCGAUUGGCAGUGCUGCCUUCAUAUUCUUGACCAUUUGUGCAGCCGGUUACAUUUACAAUGACAUCAACAACCUUCACAAUGAGAUCAUGUUGGACUUGACCGACUUCAAGAUCAUGGUUGAUGAUGCUUGGAGUGGCAUGCUGAACGUGCCAGACAGUACUAGCUUCAAAACUGGACCAGGUCGUCAGGGCUAUGGACAUUAUAAUCUCAACAAGAACGAUCACAGAACGUUCUUGCAACAAAUCGGUCACCGUGAGAGACGUUCCGCUCAAUGUGAAUGCCAAGCCCACUCAAACAAAUGCCCACCAGGUCCAAUCGGUCCACCAGGAGCCAAAGGCAAAGCAGGUGAACCAGGCCCACGUGGUGAUAAUGGCAGACCUGGUGCACCUGGAAUAGCCCUAAUUGGUAACUUCCCUCGGCGUGCCGGCUGUAUCCAAUGCCCACCCGGUCCACCCGGUCUACAAGGCAAAGAAGGCGCAGCUGGUCCGGCUGGCGACAACGGUCAACCUGGCUAUGAUGGAAGAGCCGGUCAGGACGCUUACCCUGGAGUACAAGGUGCGCCAGGUGAGGCGGGACCACCUGGACUGCCUGGUACGUUGGGGCGGCCUGGUCAUGAUGGUAGAGAUGGUAGAAAAGUUAAGCCUAUCAUUGGUGUUAAGGGACCUCCAGGUAAGUGCUCUUUGGAGUUUAACAGGGUUUUGAACAGUUAUCAGGUUUUCGUGGUGGGACCCAAAAAAGUCAUAAUUUUAUGUUUUUAUUUAAAGUAUAACAUUUUCUAGCCUAAUCUUAAAGUUAAAAACGAUUUUUGUUCAUUUAUUUGCAACUUGCAAGAUAAAGGAUUUUCAAGUUUUCGUGGUGGGACCCAAACGUUUGAAUUUUAUAAUAAUUUUGCAAUUUUUUUAUAAUAUAUGACAUUUUCUAGCUUAACUUUAAAGUUUAAAACUAUUUUCUAUCAUUUAUUCACAAUUUUGACGAUUUUCAAGUUUUCGUGGUGAGACCCAAAAUUUUUCAAGUUUUCCAAGAACUUUUGCCUAGCGAUAAAAAUAUGACAAUCUAAACCUAAAACCAACAUUUUAAAAUUUUUUAUUUUUAGGACCACCCGGCUUCCUAGGCGAAGAAGGAGAGCCCGGCGAACGCCCCGAACCAGGCAACCCAGGCCCACAAGGAUCACCAGGACGAGCCGGCUCUCGCGGCCGCGAUGGAAAACCUGGCGAAAAUGGUGCCGAUGGUCUACCCGGUUCACCCGGAAAGGACGCUACCUAUUGUCAAUGUCCUAAACGAGGUACUGCCGAUGAAGCGCCGUCCGCCGAAUCCAACGCCGAAUUCGGCGAUGCUACGAAGAUCCCGGCCGGCAAAGCCGAGAAGCCUGAGGAUUCACAUGAAGAUGAUGUUCAGCCACAUACCCACAGCUAUGAUGCUGUGGUGACUGAGGCUCCGGUUGUGAAAGCGCAUCAUGAGACUAGUACGGCUCCACCCGAGUCCGACUUCCCUACGCCAACUUCCAAUGGCUACAGAAGACGGAAGAAGAUCAGAAUCUAA